AUGACCACCUUCUGGGGCGUCUUCACCUAUGCGUCUAUACCUGCGGGCUUUGUCGUCCUGCUCCUGCUGCUUAGCGACAUCACUUUGCUCAUGAAGGUGGCCUCCAAGGCUCUGCGAGCACCUUUGCCGCUGACUUUGGGCAACCUUCAACUGAACAUUGCUGUGCUGAUGACUGUAUUCUGCGGGCUCCUCACAGUGAUCACCUAUGCAAAUACGCAGCGAGCCGAAAUGAAGACCAAGAAGAUAGGCGCUCUCGAGCGAGAGACUUCAAACCUCUUCUACGUCGAGCGGAACUUCUGGCUGUCGGUGCUGGCCCUUACGCUGUGGGUCACUUCUUGGAGACUGGAGGUUCUCUUCAGACAGCGUCCUGUGAGACCAGCCUUCGCGCUGAACUUGAGGCCUUCCAAGGGAUUGUACAUGGCGAUCGGAAUAGCCGCGCUACUGCUGGCAGACUUGCCGCUCUGCCGCCUGAACUACCAAUUUCAGAUUCAGUCCUACGUCUCGCCGGGCAAGGCCAGGCUGCAGGCCUCCGAUGCCGCAGCCCAGUGCAGCAACAUUUACGCGAGCAGCGCUGACGGGUCGUGCAGGACGUUUUGCGAUGAAGUGCGGCUUCUGUCGGAGGAACGACUCUCUUCCGUGAUGUUUGCCAGGAAAUGGCAUGUCCUUGGCCGAUGGGCUGCAGAGGUGUUCGACAUGGCACGAGAUGUACAGCAGGGCCCCAGCCAUGUGAACCAACUCUUUGAGAAGAAGACCUGCGCAGACGUCCUGAAGAGCGUUGACAAGAGCAACGACAUGGUAAAUGCCUUCUGCCUCGUUCUCGCAGCUGUCGCCGUGGUGGUAGCGUUUGCGGCAUUUUCGAAAGUCUUUGGGGACAUGACUGAGACAAACCUGCAUACUGAUUGA